AUGGAGUGGAGUUACCUGUUGGAAGUGACCUCGCUGCUGGCCGCCUUCACGCUGCUGCAGCGCUCGAGCGGCGCGGCGGCCGCCUCGACCAAGGAGCUGGCAUGCCAGGAGAUCACGGUGCCCCUGUGCAAGGGCAUCGGCUACAAUUACACCUACAUGCCCAACCAGUUCAACCACGACACGCAGGACGAGGCGGGCCUGGAGGUGCACCAGUUCUGGCCACUGGUAGAGAUACAGUGCUCGCCCGACCUCAAGUUCUUCCUGUGCAGCAUGUACACGCCCAUCUGCCUGGAAGAUUACAAAAAGCCGCUGCCGCCCUGCCGCUCGGUGUGCGAGCGCGCCAAGGCCGGCUGUGCGCCGCUCAUGCGCCAGUACGGCUUCGCCUGGCCGGACCGCAUGCGCUGCGAUCGGCUGCCGGAGCAGGGCAACCCCGACACGCUAUGCAUGGACUACAACCGCACGUACGAGGAGCUGGGCGCGGUGGAGCAGCACGUGCGCUACGAGACCACGGGCCCGGCUCUGUGUACCGUUGUCUUCCUCCUGGUCUACUUCUUCGGCAUGGCCAGCUCCAUCUGGUGGGUGAUCCUGUCGCUCACGUGGUUCUUGGCGGCCGGCAUGAAGUGGGGCAACGAGGCCAUCGCCGGCUACUCGCAGUACUUCCACCUGGCCGCGUGGCUCGUGCCCAGCGUCAAGUCCAUCGCCGUGCUGGCGCUCAGCUCGGUGGACGGCGACCCGGUAGCGGGCAUCUGCUACGUGGGCAACCAGAGCCUCGACAAUCUGCGCGGCUUCGUGCUGGCACCGCUCGUCAUCUACCUCUUCAUCGGCACCAUGUUCCUGCUGGCUGGCUUCGUGUCGCUCUUCCGCAUUCGUUCGGUCAUCAAGCAGCAGGGCGGGCCCACCAAAACCCACAAGCUGGAGAAGCUCAUGAUCCGUCUGGGCCUCUUCACUGUGCUGUACACCGUGCCCGCCGCUGUCGUGGUCGCCUGCCUCUUCUACGAGCAGCACAACCGCCCGCGCUGGGAGGCCACGCACAACUGCCCAUGCCUGCGGGACCUGCAGCCCGACCAGGCCCGCCGGCCUGACUACGCCGUCUUCAUGCUGAAGUACUUCAUGUGCCUCGUCGUGGGCAUCACCUCGGGCGUGUGGGUCUGGUCUGGCAAGACGCUCGAGUCGUGGCGCGCCCUGUGCACCCGCUGCUGCUGGGCCAGCAAAGGCGCCGCGGCCGGCGGGGGCGCGAGCGCCUCGGCCCUAGGGGGCGCCAGCGGAGUAGGGGGUGGCGGCGCGGGGCCUGGCGGGGGCGGGGUGCCGGGCGGCGGCGGGGGCUCCCUCUACAGCGACGUCAGCACCGGCCUGACAUGGAGGUCUGGCACGGCCAGCUCUGUGUCUUACCCCAAGCAGAUGCCAUUGUCCCAGGUCUGAGCGGAGGGGAGGGGGUGGGGAAGGAGGGUCGAGGAGACCUAGUGCAAAGGGACACUUGAUGAUCUGAGGUUCCCACCCCUUCACCGUGUUGAUUGCUAUUAACAUGAUAAUGAACUCUUAAUGGUAUCCAUUAGCUGGGACUUAAAUGACUUGCUUAGAACAAAGUACCUGGCAUUGAAGCCGCCCAGACCCAGCCCCCUUUCCUCCAUUGAUAUGCAAGGAGCUCCUACCGCCAGGCGUUAAUUUCUGUUGGCACAGGAGAGUGGACUCUGCUGCGUUUCCAAAACCCAAGAUUUGGAGCACUCACUGGUUGCCCUUUGCUGAGCUUGAAGCAACAUCAACAGGUUUGACCUGAGGGACAUAUUUUUCUCCCUCGACUCGCCUGCAUAAAUUCUUACUCUUAACGUAUUCUAGAGGCGGGAUGACCACGACCUAAUGGGAUUGCACGGUUUGGGUAUUCUUAAUGACCAGGCAAAUGCCUUAAAUAAACCAACGAGAAAUGUCUUAAUUAUACACCCCAAGUAAAUACGGGUUUCUUACAUUAAAGGAUGUAUUUAUAUAAUUAUUUGUCAAAUUGUAAAAAAAAAAAAAAAAAGUGUAAAAUAUGUACAUAUCCAAAGAUAUACAGUCUGUACAUUUUCUGUAAAAAGUUUAGAGGCUACCCCUGUAAGAACAAAUAUAAGUAUUCUAUUUUGUCAAUAAAAAGA